AUUAGAAAGGGAACUUAAUAUGUACAUUCUGGCAAAUGACUCAGUUGACUGGAAUCAAAUUGUCACAUGUGCAGGGAGUUUCUGCUUUCUCAAACCAAAGCUGUGUCAAGAUGGAGCGGAUUGUGUUUUUUAGCGCUUUUUUAUGGCUGUGUUCAUGUCAAGUAAAUGAGCUCCAAUAUGUGUUUGUGCGGCAUGGAAAGGACUUACAUCUGGAUAUAAAGAAAUCUGUUAAACUUGACAAAAAAACUGAUUUGUUCUGGAAAUGUAAUAAAACUAACAAUGUAGCUAAGUAUGGUUUUAAUAUUGAUCCAGUCGUGUUUGACAAAUAUGAAGGAAGGGCUGAGCUAUUUGGACAAAAUUACUCUUUGGUAUUAAAGAAUGUGCAACACAAUGACAGUGGAGAUUAUACUGCACUUGUGGUUGGGGCACAAGACCACAAGGUAGCUGAAUACAAGGUCAUAGUCCAAGAUCCAGUGUCUCCAGUUAACCUGACAGUGGACUCUGUGUCUGGCAGCUCAGAGUCCUGUGUCCUUGCUGUGAACUGCAGCACAGUGGAUUCAUCCAUCCACCAUUCUUUUAGAUGUGAUGACAAAAACUGCUCUCAGGUCAAAGAAAAGACAUUCAAACCCCAAAACUAUUCAUCCUCUUUCACUGUCUACCUGCAGCAAGACUUUAUCCUGUGUAAUCACAGCAACCAAGUUAGCUGGGAAUACAGUAAGAUCAAGUUUGACUGCAAGACAAUUACAGUUCCCAGUAGAGCCACCCUAAUUCAGAUUUCAACUUCAGCUGGUCUCUUUCUCUUGUCUGUCUUCAUUGCCCUUUGCAUUGUCACAAAAUGAAAUCAACCCGGACAAAUAUUGCAAUCAGAUUCUCUCAGGAGUGCCCUGACGGAUGAUGGAUGAGCUCCCACAAAACAAAAUCUAUUGUUUUUGUUUUGUUUUGUUUUGUUGGGGGGGAGGUGGGUGGGUCUUUGUGUCUUUUUAAUCUCCGUGUCUGUAGAUUCUUUCUUAGAUAUCUAUAAAAUAAUUAUAGCUUUGUCAUAAGCACUGGGAUGUUGAUAGACACAUUAGAUAGCAAGAAAGGAGGAGGGCAGGAAAACUGGCAAGAAAGCCAAUGCAUGAAGGAAUGAAAUAGUGAGCUCAUGCAUCAGAUAUGUUACACAAUUUUUUGGAUUUCAUGCCAUUUUUUACUUGUAUUUUCAAAUGUCAGCUUAAAGUCGAACCAAUAACUAUAUUUUGCAGAUUAUAAAAAUUCAUAUUUAAAAGGUUAUAACUGACUGUAAUAAAUGCCAAAAUCAACCAGGUCUCUCUGUUACACAUGUGAACCUUAAUGGAGAAAUAGUGUCAUGACGAAAUAUAGGUCAAAACUGGUGUCUGCUGAUUUUGCCACCUUUUAUACAUUGGAUGUGGAACUCCCAUUGGCAAUUCAAAGGAGGCUCACCAGUGGGAGUGUGGCUGUCAUGCAAAAUGAGUACGUGCUGUUGUGGCAGGCAUUUUUUUGACUGAUAGUAAUUUCAUAGUAAUUUAAGUAGUUUCCAGCUCAUACUGUGCAAAAAUUUUGAGCCACCCCUAAUUUCUUAAUAUUCUGGGAAAUAAUGGUAACAACCAUGCAACCGUGCAGCCUAUGUAAUAGCAUAACAAUUACAUGUGUAAAGCUAUUACUAAGUUAUCACUAAUAACUGUUCUUGAAAAGGUUACAGUUCUAACAAAUGUAUUAAAUCAACAACAGUAUAUUUUAGCUUCAAAGUAAAUGUAGUGUAAGUACACUCUUCUGUCAUUUAUGAGGCAGUUACAGUGGACUAAGGUGAAUUUCAUGUACAGUCUGAAAAAAAAAACCUUUUUAAACUUAUUCUGUGGUUACAUGCACUAAAGAAAUUAUCCUGUCACCACACGUUUACCACACAAUUUAUUAAAUACACCUUGGAUAUUU